AUGGCCAAGGAGACCGUCCUCGAAGGCAUUUUUGCCAUCAACAAGCCCAUCGGCAUGAGCUCCGCCCAGGUCAUCAGAGAUUGCCAGACCUUCUUCAAUCCCUCGUCUUUGUUCCGGCCCCUCAUCGAGCAGGAGGCCGCCGCCCGCGCCCGCGAGUCCAACCAGAACCGCAAGCGCCGGGGCAAGGCGAAGCGCGACGUGCGCGUCAAGAUGGGCCACGGCGGCACCCUCGACCCCCUGGCCACGGGCGUGCUCAUCCUCGGCGUCGGCAGGGGCACCAAGGCGCUGCCCGAGUUCAUCAACUGCACCAAGACGUACGAGACCAUCGUGCUCUUCGGCGCCAGCACCGACACGUACGACCGCGUGGGCCGCAUCCUCAAGAAGCGCGACUACGAGAACGUGACGCGCAAGGUCGUCGAGGAGGCGCUCGACGGCUUCCGGGGCAAGUACCGCCAGAUGCCCCCGCUCUACUCGGCGCUCAAGAUGAACGGCAAGCCGCUGUACGAGUACGCGCGCGAGGGCAAGGCCAUCCCGCGCGAGAUCGAGACGAGGGAGGUCGAGGUCUCGGAGCUGGAGCUGCUCGAGUGGUACGAGCCCGGCGAGCACAACCACCGGUGGCCGACCGAGGAGGCCGGCGCGGCCGAGCAGACGCUGGCCGACCAGGUCUGGCGCAUGGAGAAGCAGCAGGCGACGGGCAAGAAGCUGUCGCCCGAGGAGGAGAAGAGCGACAUCGAGGCCCUGGCCGCCCACGAGGACUUCAAGAAGCGGGCCGAGCAGCGCCAGGACGAGCUCGUCUACGAGCGGCCCUCCAAGCGGCGCAAGCACGAGCCCAAGGCCCCGCCCAUGAUGUCCGGCGCCCUCGGUGACCUGCCCACGACCAGCUUCCAGAACAACCGGCCCACGGGCAAGGGGUCGAACCUGCUGCCGCCGCCGCCGCCGCCCAACACGCCGCCGCCCUGGGCCGGCAAGGGGCCCCCCGCGGCCAAGAUCCGCAUGACCGUCACGUCCGGGUUCUACGUCCGGAGCUUCUGCCACGACCUGGGCGAGAAGGUGGGCUCGGCGGCCAUGAUGGCCGAGCUGGCGCGGACGAGGCAGGGCGCCUUCAGCGCCGGCACGGAGGACUGCCUCGAGUACGACGACCUGCUCCAGGGGGAGAAGGUCUGGGGGCCCCAGGUCGAGGCCAUGCUGGCCCGGUGGAUGGACCCCGAUGGCAAGAAGCAGGAGUCUGCGUCAGCGGCAGCAGCUGCGGCGGCGGCGGCGCCGUCUCCCCCCUCGGAGCGGUCGAGCCCGAGGAGGAGCGAGCGGCAGUCCGGUCCCAGCGAGGGUGUGCCAGGCAGCCCCAAGGCCGGCGACAAGCGCAAGACCCGGCCGGAUGAGGAGGACCAGGCGCCGCUGUCGACGCCCAAGGAGGACGACGCCAAGUCUGUCAAGUCGACCGAGUCCGAGUGGAAUGGCUUCUCUGAUACCCCUGCCAGCCAGAGCAAGGAGUCAUGA